GACAUAGUGGAGCAUUAUUCAGCUAACCUGGUUCGGGGCAUGAUGAAUUUACUGUAUAAUUGUCCACCUUGCGUUACCAACAUGCGAAAAGAGUUCUUCAUCGCUGCUCGCCACAUACUGAGUGCUCAAGAAAUCAGACCAAAAUUCUUGGACGUGUUGGAUGAACUCAUGAAUGAAGAUAUCCUCAUUGGACAAGGAUACACUGUCAGAGACGCUUUGAGACCUUUGGCUUACAGUACGUUGGCGGAUCUCACGCAUCACAUCCGCAAUGAGCUCAGUUUGGCCAAGAUAGCUCGUGCAGUUGAUCUGUACGGUCGGAACAUGCACGAUGACACGCUCCCAUUCUCCAUCCAGCAAAUGAGCCUUCGGUUGUUGUUGAAUUUGGUUGAGUGUAUUCGUCAACGCGCUGUUGCCGUGACCACACCGACAUCCACUCCUGUACUGGAUUCCUGUCCCGGAAUAUCAUCUGGUACCGCCAGACAUCUACUGUUGCAGAUUCUCUGUUUGUGUGUGCUCAAAGCUCGAGUCGUCACGGAGCACUAUUUGCCUGCUUUGGAGGCAAUUUGCACUCCCGAACUUCCCGAAGCACAACCGAGCAUGGCACGACCAGAAUCUGUUGGUCCUUCAGCUGCUCAAAUUCCAAAUCUCAACGAAUCCGGUUCACUGCUUGCCGAAAGCUCAUCCAGUGACACUCUGAAAACGGCCGCCACGACCACCACCGACAGUGUCAAGACGCAACCCUUUCUUCUUCUAGCAACAGACUCAUCCAGAGGGCAUCUAAGUCAUGCAGAUUUACGCUCACUGAUUAAAGCACUCAUGACUGGCGUGCGGACGAUUGUCAUGAGCAUGAUACAAUGUCCCCGUGGGCCUGCUUCAGCGAUAAGCCCAGUGAUACAACCUUCUCACAUGACAAAAUCGCCUCCAUCGCCAGGAUCCAGUCCAUCGCGAUUCCUCAGCUCGGAUGAAUUGGCCCUUCUCUCGGAGUAUUUCAACUACGGGAUGCGCAUGAUCGAUAUCGUUCAAAUCGUUAGCCGCGACGGAAAGCUAUUUAUCAAAAAUCAGCCGAGUGCAAAGUCACCUGAAGAGCGGCUCCUAAUCGAGACCUUUGCUCUGACAUUUUCCCAACUCAGUCCCGUUUCGUUCCACGAAAUAUUCUCUAGCAAGAUACACGACUUCGUUAGCUGGUGUCGUCAGAGCCCUUCGUACACAAAUAUGGCUUUGCAUUUGUUGUCCCAGCCAAACAAAACCUCCAACUUUUGCCACAUUCUCCUCUCCUAUCUGGUGGAUCGUCUCGAGCGUUUAGGCGAGGGCACAGAUGAGUCGGUGUUGUACAUGCGUCUGCUCAAACUCUGCUUCAGUUCAGUCAAUAUGGCGGGGACGGAGAAUGAACACGUCAUGAAGCUGCAUUUGCGUCGGAUUGUCCUCGGAAGUAUGCAACACUGCAUCACCGCAACGGAGCCAACCGCUUAUCUCACACUGUUACGCAUGCUGUUCCGUUCCAUCGGCGGUGGAGCACACGAUAAACUCUAUCGGGAAUUCUUCCCUCUCCUUCCAGAGAUGUUGACCACGUUGAACCGGCUUUUACGGUCUCCGCACCGAGCCAACGCUCGAGAUCUCCUGGGCGAGUUGUGCGUUAUUGUCCCCGUUCGAUUGUCCACUCUACUGCCAUAUCUGUCCCUAUUGAUGGAACCGUUGAUUUAUGUGUUGAAUUGCAGCACAGUCAAUCAGGGUCUGAGAACUUUGGAGUUGUGCGUGGACAAUAUGCAACCCGAUUUUCUACACGACCAUUUGUGCCAAGUGCGCGGCGACAUGCUUCUGGCAUUGUACAACUCCUUGCACUCUUCCAGCGAAUAUGUCCAGAAGAUGUCGUUUAAAGUUUUGGGCAAAUUGGGCCACUUUAAUCGCACUAAUUUAAUCGAAGUUCAAAGAUUACGUUUGGACCCAUCGGAAGGCGAAUCUGGUCCGCAAGUUCGCUUCUAUCUGGCUGAGUAUCCAAACCAACCCAUAGACCUACCGAUUCGCUCUUUAGUUGACGCCGCCAUUGAAUCUCUGCAGUCCCCCGGUGUCGACCUCCCAACCAAUACUUUCAUUUGGGAUCUCCUGCAAAGCUUGUGCAUCGCAUCGUUAGAUCUUCCUCACAAGACGGCCAAAUCCGGGCACAAUGAUGACGCACCGUAUGCAUAUUUUCAAACCCGUUCUUUUCUCCUCUCCGUGAAACACUACAUUGAAACGGUUACUAGUGGGCGCCACACUCCUCGGCUUGAUCGACUGCUAUUUCAAUCUCCGUGCUGUUUGGAUGGUGAUGUCAACAAAGACGUGAUGAUUCGAGUGUUGGCUGGAAUCUUUCUGGCUGGGUUGCACAAGUCCCUGCGAGAAAAGCACGGUGACUUUAUCACCUACGUGGUCCGUCAUCUAACAUUGGUUUCGCUAAGCACACACAUGACCACCUUUGAGUGUGCACACUCCUCCAAAUUCACGAUUGAUCCGUCACCAUUCGGACGUUGGAACGUGGAUGAAAUUGGUUUCAGUGGCCACAUGAAUCCAUCAUGCGUUGUGAUGGAAAUGGUGGAUAAGGCAGCUACCAAGGUGGCUGCUCAACAGGCUGGUGUUUCAAGCACAUCACACGUCAGUACUCCUUCUCCAGAUUCCAACUCCCACCCUUCGCUUUUCUCACCUCAUUUACUCGGCCAGAACAGACUUGAUCCAACUUUGCUGAUCGAUGCCAUCUUGUUUGCGAUGGGACACGAGGACAAACAGCUCACACAACCGAUGACCAUACUCCUGCAAGUCAUUCAUGCCACUUUGUUGUCUGUGUUCCGUGCUGCCUCUGACAUCAUUGUGGAUGGCGGAUCGGACGAUGCGAAUCAUGUGGCCGAGCGAAACCAUAAAGCAAUCGCGCAUUUGCCUCUGUUCACACAUUUGGCCCACGUGUGUGUGGAUAUGUUGCAUCACCCUGCCUGGUAUGUAAAGUGGAGUGGUUGCGCCACUAUCAUGUGCAUCGCACAAUUUUUGCAUCCUUGCUGGUUUGCGCUGCAUAUGGUUCCUCUGUUGCGUGGUCUUUUGCACGCAAUCCACGAUUUAUCCGACCAAAUGAGUCAGGGAGCUUUGAACAUGGCUCGCGAUUGUACUCGCCUACUUCUUCGAACUGUCUUCACUCCUUCGAUGAUGAAUGACCUAGUGCAGCCACAACAUCCGACGUCCUCCGCGCAUGACGAUGUUGCCGACCGAACCGCUUCAGGAAAACGAGCGAUUUCUACCAGUCUUCGUCGGUCGCAACAGCCCCACGGUACCGGUGUACGACGACAGACAAGUUCUCUUCGUCGAGGUCGAAGUGCUUCAACGUCUAUUUCUGGCACCACCUCCGAAUCUUCUACUGAGUCAGCGAGACGGGAGCACACCGCAGCAGACAAUACGCCGUCAUCGUCUCAGCCUCUAGUGGAAACGGUCGUCGUUGAACUCAUGACUGCUCUCCUCAGUGAAACGUCUGUGGUCCGCGAGGAGGCUCGCUGUCUCCUCCGUCUUGUUUCCCAUCUCGCAGAUCAAUCUCUAUCCACAUUGCUGACCCCACAUUGGCAGUCACAACUGGGGCACAUUCUCCCACCACAUGCACCUUCGCGGUUGCUAGAUUUUCCUUUGUCAACUCAGCUCGUUAUUCUUGAAGCCAACUACUUUUUCGGCCAACCGGAAGUCAAGCGCUGUGACGCGAAGCAAUCCGAUCCCGCUGAUUUGUCCUCUGGUGGUGCAGGCCUGCUUCGUUACGAUGUUACUCGACGCUCCGAUCGCUGUUUUCUCAUCGACGUACGUGCGCUUCUGACUCAUCCGGAACCCAGUUCCAGUCCCCCUGGGAAUGGAGUUUCAACUGCGAACACUUCUGCCACUGAGUCUUACGGAUCCGCCCUCAACCACCUAGUCCAGCCUGGGUCCGCAUCCAAGGCACAUACGACACGCCCGAAUGCGCAACAGUUACGAUCCAUUGAUCUGCGCAUUGCCGCCUGUCGCGUUCUAUCGCUUACUUGGUAUUUGACCAGUCAGAAAUCGCAAAAUCUUGCCGCUUUGUUCAAAGGCAUCAAUUGUGACUCAGAUGUCAUCCAUGAAGCAGCGUUUGUUUGCCUGAAAGAAUUCGUCAGUCAUACGAACGUCGACAUCGAACUACGUCAUGCUAACGUGAAACCUAUACUGCAAAAUAUCCGCCAAGCCAUAAAUCUUCGUCUGGUCACUGCUCGUCAGUUGUCGUAUUGCGCCCAACUUUUUCCAAGUACAUUCAGCGAACGUCUGUGUGACGCCAUCUAUUCUCAUCUAAACACUCUUGUGGACUCUCUGCCUUCGAAACAGAAUAUUUCGUCAGUGUCCACGCUAACUCCGCCUACUUUGGAGUUGUGUGCCGUUCUGAUUGAUUUGUUCCACCUCAUUCCACUGGCUACCGCGAAGCACGUCUCCCUGCUCAUCGAGCUGGUUAUGCGUGCUGAGCGUUCGCUGAAUAUCGAACCGACGAGCCCGUUGCGUUUGCCUCUUGUUCGAUUUCUGGCCCGAUAUCCUGCCGAGACAUGUGUGCAUCUUCUCACUGGAUCCAGAUGGCCCCAUGAUGCCCAAGCCCAACGGCUGUUUCUGUACGUCCUCCGAUGUCCUCAGGGUCAGGCUGUGGUAGAGUACCUAAAAACGAACCAUCACAUUCUGUCCGACCUUGUUCGACCGAACGAUCUCACCGAGUUGAAAGCUUCCGGCGGUCGUUCUCUUAACCGCUACUUUCUUCCGCGCACGGGCACGCCCUUAACUGCAGCCUGUCCGAGGCAUUUAGCCCUGAGAACCAUCCACACCCUCCAUAAGUUGUUCCCAAACUGGCUACUCAGUAGUCCUUUGGUAUCGGAGGAAUCGUCGAAAACCAAAUCACGACACAAGACUGUGAGCUCCUCAACUGGUUCCAAGUCGUCUACUACCAGUCACCCGGUCGCUGAUGCUUUGUUGGAUUACUGGAAGUCCGAUACAUUCGCCAAACGACAGGCCUGUCUAACUCUGAUCACUCUAAGUGGCCCAGGCUCUGGAGAUCCGGAGGCAAUCAGUACUCCUGGUGCAGAAUUUUUGGAAACCGAAGGCAAAUUAGACCAUCGUAUCAUCUCCGCAUCAUUGCAACAGAGUGCAGAAACCUUAUCGUCUUCACUCGACCCUGGUUCAUUUAUAUCCAGUGGCACGGUCAACAUUGACCACUGGGAGGAGCCUCGGCUCGUCCUCGAUUGUCUUUUAGAUUGCUACAAAUCGGAUACGGAAAAUUUCGACCUCCUAUUCGCUCUUGUUGUGGGUGUGGCUCGGCUUCGUUCCGUCGCUGGCCUUCAUCCGCUUCGGUUGUAUCUUACCCACACACUGUUUCCCACUGUAUCCUUCAGUUGGCAUCGUCGUCUAUUCCUCCAUUUCGUCGCAUCAGUGCGCGGUCACUUGUCCGAUUCACACUGCUCACCGGAUCUGCGUCACCUCUCACCGGGAGCAGGAAGCUCUUCGGUUGUAGCGGAAGAUAUCUAUCGUCUUCUGGCCCAUUUGAUCAUUCCCAGCUUUGGCUACGCAUUAGAGCGAGGCCCUAUAGAGGAAUUCCUCGGUGGACCACCAGCACCGUUGGAAAUGAACGAUAGUGACUUGGUGCAUGUGUUCGUGACCACCUUGCUGUCGGAUCCAGCGAUGCACUCGCACACCGAGCUGCGUGUGAUGUGCUACCAGUUAGCGAUCCUGAUUGUGUAUCAUGCACCAGAGUAUGUGCACAGCGAGGCAAGCACCGAACGCAGCUAUCGACUUGAGCGUCUAAUCGACUUUGCCUGGCCUUGCACUUUGAGCAGCCUCAGUGUGGUGGAUCUGCAAGAGAAAUACACCGGUUUGCACUUGUUGGCGCAUAUAAUCGCCAAAUUUCCGGUCGCCCAGACAAUGGCGGUGCAGGUGUUCCAGUGUCUUGCCAAGGGAACGCACACAGAGACAAAAAAGAUCGUGAACCCCGCUCUCGACGUACUCAUCCCCGCUUGGAUUCGGACACCGGAGGAUCAGAAACUUCUCGCCUCUGUUACUCGGAAAAUUAUGCUGGAAGAUCAUGGAAUUCAGUCCUGCAUUCAUCUUCUCGGAAUUGUCGUCCGGCAUGCUGAUUUGUACUACCCUGUGCGAUAUCAGCUGCUACCUCACAUACUGGUGAUCAUUUCGCGCUUGUCAACCCAACAGCUCCCAGUCGAGCAGCGGCGCCUUGCUUUGGAUAUGAUUGAUGCAGCCGCACGAUGGGAUCAUCGUUGUCGCCAGCACUCCGUCGAGCUCGAUGGUGCCCAGAAGUGCGAGCCCGAAUCCGUAAUGAGCUUCAAGGAUGAAGUGUCCUCCUCGACCUCUUCGGUACCUACUCCAGAAGAUGUUCCUAUGCAAAAGACCCUACGGGAUCAGUUGCUCACCUUCAUGAUCCGUUUUGCAUGUCAGGCUGUAGACACAAGUCAAAAUGGUAACCUCUCCGAACUUUCUGUUGCACGAGCUCUAGCUCAGCUGGAGUUUGCUCUGCGUCCAGACGUGUGGGGCACCGAGACUUGCGACCUUCGGUUGGUAUUCAUCGAACGCUGUUUCGCCUCCGAUGACGCUUCUUCUGUCUCUGGUGGUGGUCCAUCGGCCUCGGGUGCGGUCGCGGGAGUCAGCAGUAGCGGUAGUAACCAAGCACCAAUUCCCGGUGGUCUUUCGUCUCCUGCUGCUGGCCCUGGCAAUCCCAACUCCGGUUCACAUCCUGGCGCGCCCGGCAACCUUGGUGCCACGCAAACUACGAAUUUUCUGAUGAUUUUGGAAGUAUUGCGCGUAUUGUUCACUUCUCUUGAGGGACCAACGCUUUUGUCCAACGUGAAGUACUUCUGCUCUGGACUGUACUCUUUGCUUACGCGUCAAUUGACCAAUGUCAGGCUGAUGCGUUCAUGCUCCAAUCUUCUCCGGGCGAUUCUAACACGGUUCCCAGCGGAUGCGUCACAUCGGCAGAAAAUUACCACUCACGUCGAGCUGUUCGAUAUCUACUCCGCCACCCUGAAGACCAUUCAAGAAUCGUUCACACUUUAUAGUGAAAAUGGACCCAAAUCCACCUUGCUCGCCCGACUGCAAUCCGCCUUCCUUCUGUUCACUGCCACGCAAGUACAGACCAAUCCACAUGCGUUUGUCGAUCGAUGUAUCGUUCAGUUGGUCAAACUAACCCAUCGGCUUAUUCAAGACGUGGUUACUCCCGGGACCUAUUUAUCCGGCUCCCUCGAUUCCGGAGCCAGUUCACAGCUGACGGAUUUGUUAAUCAGCAGUCUGGAAGUGAUCAAAUCACGCUUGAAUGUGGUCAGUCAUGAGAUGCGAAAGAACUCAUUCGGUCCGGACCUGUGUCUCAUCAUGGAACGCGCUCGCGACGCUCGCCUAUUUCGUGCAGUGAUCAAAAUCUUGCGCGAUUGGAUCAAUGUUCCGAAGUCAGAAGAGCACUUUGCUCCUACUCCCCGGGAGAAGGUGAAUUUCUUUCACAAACUGUGGCUUGCUCAUCCACGAUGGUUGGAUUUGGCGCCGGAUGUGGCUCGAGAGAUAUUAGAGUGUAUAUACGAGGUGUACAUUAGUGGCAGUCUUUUCAAAACGCAAGAUUUGUACCUGAAGCUCGAACAGGCGUUCUGUUGCAGUCUUUUGUCCACAUUCCCCGACAUUCGAGAACGUUUUGUGAGUUUGUAUUUGGAGGCUUCGCAACUCCGUUUCCCGAUACGGCACUCGCAGCCUGAGUCCGGUCAGGCGACUCAUUCCGACUGCGGACUGACAAUGAUGACUGGGGAGUUAGAAUCGGAUUCGCUCACGUCCUCACCACAUCACACCCAGGACGGUGUUACCGAUGGGUCUGACAUACUUGCUCCAUCCGGUUUCCAGUCAGCAUCUCUGUUGGUCCGACUGCUGUUCCUCUUUGUCUCAGUCAACUGGGAUGAGGCGCACUUCCGGAACUCAUUUUGGUUACCGUUAUUUUUUGACGUUCUCCUAUGUGAUGUCGACACUAGCCUCCCACCUGGUCUGUCAUCUCCCUCCAGCUGCUUCCCAUCCGUUCCAGCCGCAAUAGUCGGAGAAAUAACCGAACCCAUGGACACAUCUGAAGCCGGCCACCAAUCUCCUUUGUGCAGCGCUUCGGAUGACUUGUCUAGUUUGUUGGAAUUGCAGUCAGAAGGCUUUCUACAAGCAUCUCGAGUCUCUUUUUCUGAUGGUCUUCGUGGUCUGCUUUGCCUGGUCCAUCGAUCCCCUGCCUUGGCCACUCAGCUUUUCACCCAACUAUGGCCUCAACUAUGGAACAGAUUACUUCUACGCCAACCGAUGUUACCAAAUGGGGAACUUGUCGACGGGUCUACUCGCUCCUUACCGGGAUUUACAUCCACUCCAUUCUCCGAUGAAGCCACCACCCCUCGAACUAUGGAGGCAGAAUCCAUUUUAGUCGCUGAUUCACACAGUGGUCAAAAUUUGUCCGUAAACGAAGUCCGCGCCUUCGUUAUCCCUCAGCUGAUCCGAUUCAUCACGUCCGAUCAACACGUAAACCCUGGCGAACCGCAACCCAGCGCACUGGGCGCCUUCCUGUCCGCAUUGGCCACUACACCCGACACAGCGUUGGUCUAUUUGCCAAUUCCGGCAGUCACCUACAUCGGUUCAUCAUACAACCAGUGGUACACAGUUGCUCUGUUUGUCGAAUCCGUUUGUGCUCACGCGAAAGUUCAAUCCACGUCGACCGACUUCGUUUACAACGUGAGCUUGCCUCCCAUUGAAUCGGCAGACCCCAACACACUCACACUCUGGCAGCCCAGCGAUUUGCCGACAGGUACCGCUGCACUCUCGCUCGUCGCUUUGUACGAUUCCCUUGCAGACGAAGACUAUCUAAAUGCCGCAUGGUGGAAUCGAUUCGCCCUGAAUCGCUCGGCACUCACUCGUACUGGUUCAAUGUUGAGGUGCCUGGAAUACGCUCAGCAUGGACACACUGUACGCGCUUUGGAGGUCGCGCUUGAUCUGUUGGCUAUACCCUCCUCGCCGAGUACCCCAGUUUCCUCGGCAGCUGAGGGCUCUAGUGCUGCUUCCACUGCCUCUUCCAACCGAGCUGCUGCAUCGCGGACUACCCCAUCCUCCACCACUUCACCUAUGACUGCGAUUGCUGCAUGCAGUCAGUUCAGCGAUCAUGUCAACAGAUCUCGUCUUCAUGACUACUGCAUUCGCUAUUUGAAGCGACUCGGACAGUGGGACAGUCUCAGUUCUUUCGCAUCUAAUGCUCAGGCCAACUCCUUCUUCUCCCUUAAUGCAAACACGCCAGUCUCUGGAUCCACUGGUGGCCAAAGCGGCCCCACCUCCAGUGCCAGUGGCAGCUCAAGUGCGAGCUCAGGCGCUGCGGUUGGAACCAGUGUUACAGCAAGCGGCACUGCUGUGACUACCACGGGCUCUGGUGGCUCAGCUUGCUGGGGUAUCAAGGCAGAUGCUGCCUGGAGGCGCAGCGAUUGGUCCGAAGUAUACUCAAGUUUGGCCCGAUUGGCUAACGAAUGUCCCCGGAACGAGCUCUGUCGUUACGCUCUCAUCCAGGGCACUGCAUGUGUCGCCGGUCGACGCGCCUCCGGACCCAUUGGCGGCCAAAACAUUUUGCCCGGUACUUGUGACCUCGAUGCCUGCAGUACAUCAGGCACUAUUGCGCUCAAUGGAACUGGUGAUUUGCAAGUCAGCACUAGCUCUGGAUCGAUCUCCACUGGAGGAGGCAGCAGUGUUGUCGGGCAAGGUUCCACGACUUCAUCUGCAAAUGUUAACUAUGUGGUCACGUUGCUACAAGCUUCGGAGCUGGAAAGUCAUCGCAUCAUGACAACCGUUCUCCGUGAAUGGCGGCGUCUUCCACUCAUCGUGACUCGGCAACAUGUUCCCUUAUUGCAGAUUGCACAUCGCGCUAUCGAAAUCUCCGAAGGAAACAGCUUAUUAGCGCAAUAUUGUGGUCACCUAUUGGCCGGACCCGCUGUCCCUCCCGUCGGUCUCUCAUCUAGUGGUGGACCUCCGCCGUACUCAUCAGCAACCGGCCAAUCUACCUCUGCAACGCCCAGCUCGGCAUCUGGUGCCUCUCCGCCUUCGUCCCAAGCUGCACUAGUAGCAUUGCGUAUGCCACUGAACCAGGCCUUGCACGAUUACAAAACUGUGUUCAAAUCAUGGCAGAGCCGACACCCAUCCAUCAGCGAUGAUUUGGGGUUUUGGCACGAUGUGUACUCGUGGCGGCAGGUGGUGGAGGAGACCAUCAUUAGCUGUCAUCCACACAUGCAGAAAUUCGGUCAGGAGCGAACCCAUCUGGUGGCUCUUUGUGAGCGCGAAUUGGCUUUAAGUCAACUGCAACUCGCUCGGGGCGCCAGGAAGCAUCGAUUUCCCAGCAUCGCGCAGCAACAUUUGGAUCGUUACAACCGUAUGAAUCUCCCGCCGUUAUUUGAAAAAACAAAGCAAGAGGUCAAGUUGAAGAUGUUCGAACUUCGGAAAGACGAAUUACUUGAAGGUUUGGAGUUAAUGGAAAAGACGAAUAUUCAACAAUAUGAAAAGAAAGAUCGUGCCAAGUUCUUCUGUUAUAAAGCGGUUUUCUUUUCGCAUUUCAACAAAGGUGAUGAGGCUACGAAAAACUUCGGUUAUGCCACCCAAAUGCAAGACAACUUGCACAAAGUGUGGUCCGUUUACGGCGAUUUUUUGGAAAACGUGUAUUCCAGCUAUCCGGCCGCGAAACGCGAAGUUGCUGUAUCCACCACCGGGAUCUUUGCCAUGCAAGCACUGAUGGAAGCCGCCAGUAUAGCUGGUGGCCUGGAGCGUCGGAGCCGAGCAGAUAUAGCAAAGUGUUUGUGGCUUCUCACACUGGAUGAUGCGAAAGGGCAGCAGCGACUGGCCCGUACUUUCGAAGAACGAUCUAGCCGAGUGCGAUCCGAGGCAUUCUUGUCAUGGCUACCCAAUUUGGUCACCAGUUUACUCCGUCCCGAAGGUCGCUUUAUUCUUCCCGCUCUCCGCGGUGUGAUCAAUACCCAUCCCACGGUGUUGUACGGCCUUCUUCGUGGCUUGCAACACCAGUUAUCUACUGAGCUGCGCUACGAUGAACGACUCGGUCAGUUGAGUCACGGGUCAGAAUUUACCAGCCCAUUUGCUCAGGCUUUACGUUUUCGAAUCAAUUCCGUACUCGGGACCAUCUCCGCCGAGGGAUCCGACAAGGAACAUGGCCGAGGCUCUUCUGGGUUAAUCGACAGUGUCGGAACGAAACGUAUGGGCACGGGUUCAGGUGCAUCGACCUGUAAAUCCACAGGUGCUGGCGGGAUUCCUUCGUCACCGACCUCUCAAUCCAGUUUGCCCGCAUCAAAGAGAAAAAAGCGAGUAAUUGUCGUCAUGCGUGGCGUGGAAGGUGAGCGACGGAGUGGCUCUCCGCUUUCCCCUUCUCAAACUAAAGCACUAUCCUCGGAGGGUGGUGAUACGUCCGGCACAUCUCGAUCAGCCGCUACCGCGAAAAAGGCAGCUCUUCGCAAUAUGGGCACCGCCGAUCAGGAACGUGAAGCGAUGGAAUGUGCUGAAGCUAUUGAAGCUGAAGACGAAGCUGACGACGCUGAAACAGAGCGUGAGGAGCUGGAAUCUGGAGAUGGUGUUGAGCUCACAACCAGGGGUGCUGACUCGGAUGAGGUUAGCCCGGGUUUUGAAGGACAGAGCUUUACGAAAGAGUCACCCUCACUUUCUGAGGCUGAAAGUCGUGCAGCAGUGUCUGUCGGGACCGGAUGUCUGUCUAGCACCGUGGCUGAGAGCCUGCAUCGAAUAAACUUACUUCUUAAUCAGCUGCGACGUCGUCAUGCUGCACGCAUUUAUUCCAUGGAUUUGUUCACAAACGAAGUCAGUGGUCGAUUGCAGCCCAGUUGGGCCGAGCAUCUCCUUGCUCAGUUAUACACAAUCUUGGAUUAUCUGCAUCGCUUCGUUUGGGCUGCUACCUGUCCGGGAAACUCGUGGAGGGUCACGGUUUUGGACAAGUUGUGUGUUCCCAACUGGCUGGCCACCGAAAUGAAGUAUGUGGCAAACGCAUGUGGACUUCCAAUCACUUCUCCUUUGAAAGAUCGACAUCAUUCCGGUGAGAAUGGUCUGAAUGAGGAUGAAGAUGAGAUAGAGGUAACGGGCACGUUCAAAGAACUGCGUUUGAUGUCUGUUGCUUCACCGAGUGGAGAUCCACCGGAUUCCAUUGAUCCAAUUGGGUCAGGCACAUCAUCAGAAUCUGAAAUGGAAGUGGAGGAAGCGAAAGCUGUCAAAAAGCAACAGACUCACGACGCAGACACAAAAAGAAAACCUCAGUCGUCGGGGAGGCCAGGUGGAUCGGGAUUGACAAUCCAAAAAACUCACCUACGGCGACUUUCCACUUUGCAAUCGACUGCAGCCACACCAGCCUUCCAGUGCGCGGAACGUCUCAUAACGGCCAAAUUAAUCAAAGAGUCUCAAGAGGACCCCUUUUUCCCCUGCAUAAGGGAACGAUUGUCAAAUGAAUUUGGCAAUUUAGAGGGCCAAACGGUCUUGUCCGUCAUUCGACGUCUGACACAGUGCUGGAUACCGUUGCUGGAAGAGCGCGUGGCUCGGCUCCCUAGUCGAAUGCACCUCUCCGACUGUGGAGCAGCACGACUGUUGGAACUUCCCAAAAUCGUGAUCUCUACUCCAUUAUCAGUUCCCGCAGCCACUAUCAACAUCGGUACAUCUUCCUAUGUUCCCACCUUUUCGUUUGGAUCGUUUUGUUUGGAGCUACCUGGGGAAUCAGGAAUACUACAAUCAGGGAAUCCAUUCCAUGGCACCUCUCCAAGUGGACCUCACUCAUCAUCAUUCGGGCAACCUGGAUCCACCACUCCAUCCGGGUUUUCGGGCAAUGGUGCUAUACCAAAUUUGGCGCUGCAGCUUGUCAUCGCCGAGAUUCUGCCUAAUGUCGUUCGUGUGCGCCAUUCACCCGGCCGAAUGUCACCACCGUCGCGGCGUAUCGGAAUCCGAGGUAGCAACGGUCGCGUAUUCUACUACGAUCUGGCUUGUCCCGGUUGUCCCAUCGCUCCAGGCACCUCGGCUAUUCACUUGGCUGCAACAGCCGGUGCUCGGACUCAAGACCUGAUUUUGGCUCGUGGUCGCGCUUCGAUUCUGGGGCACCUAGCGUCUGAAGGAUUGUGUUCUUCUGUGUACACAAGUUGGCGCCAAAUGGGGCCUCUACACUUGUUCCAAAUGGUAAACACCAUGUUAGCAAGUCAGCCCGAAACUGCCAAGCGCCAGCUGGUGCUUUCUGUCCCCCGAGUUAUGGAAGUAGGUCCCAUGGGUCUGCGUCUCACUGAAGUUGGCUCGUCUGCUCCAGCCGCCGUAGUAGACAAUGCAAAUGCGAAUCCGCUACCAUACGCCAACGCACUGAGUGCCAGAGGCCUUACUUCCCUCACACGCCCACCUCCCCUUACCGCUUCCUCGGCCUGCGAUGGAAACAACUCGACUCCUUUAGAGCAGACCACAUGUCCCACCUGGGCGCUGACAAUAAAUCACCGCUUCCAACCGCACGAAACGGACACCAGUAGCGAGACGCCACGGAAAUCGUACUUGCCACCGCCUCCACCUGGCCCUCUGCCCACAUUCCUCAGCACCGCAGGUUCAACACUAUCUUCAAACUUAGCAACCGGCGGAACAUCAGCCGUUGCCGCUGAAGCAAUUGGUCGCCCUUCAGGCCUCGAUGCUGGGUGUCAUCCAGCCACUGUGAGUCUGUCUGGUGUCCUCGAACAGGCAUGUUCCAGCUGGAUGAGCGCAGUACCGACAGCUUCUUCGUCUCACUCGUCAACCAACGGGCAGUUCACCACUCCCGGGGCCCCUGCCCAAAAUGCAUCACAGUAUUCUUCACCUUAUGUGGCGGGGGCCGGUAACUUGAUUUGCAUGUUCUACGAGAAAUUAUCACAAUUGAACAGACAUCCGAAUCAGAUCAGAAUCGACGCCCAGCAUAUGUGUAAACUGUUUGAAGAACUCGCCACCAAGAUCCCUGGUUCAGUUCGAGCGAAGAGCCCACUUGUCUCCACGCUUGGCAUCCUUCCUGAUUACACUGAUUCCGAUGGGAAGGGUGAGGAGACGCCGAAAGCCGAAUUCUCUCGAGGUUCUCUACUCCGUCGAUGGGCUGCCAACCGAAUGCUGGACUCAGAGAGUUAUUGGCUGUUUCGUCACACCAUUGCUUCCUGCCUUGGUUUGAUCAAUUUGAUGGAAUACGUCUUUCACCUUGUCCCGCUGCAUCCUGGUUGCCUUUUGCUAGAUCCGCGAUCGGGUCUCGCAGAGGCGAGGCACACUAGAUUCGUUCUACCAUCGAACUGCUGCAGCUCCGGUGCUGAGCAGCCGACUACUGGCGCGGUGGACAAGGUCCCUAUCCAUAUGCCACAUCUAGCUUCCUGCUUUAUACAGACGAUGGGGCUACGGAUUCCGAAAACCUCAGUGAAUUCGUCAUCGAGUCGAUCCAUUGGCUCCGAUUCAACUAGCCUGUCAGAUCACUCAUCGCCUUUAUGGCGUAUCACCCCAUCUCCGGUCCCGUUCCGCCUCACCCCUCACUUGGCCGGCCUGGUCUGCCUUCCUGGGACACCUCCGCACAUUGGUCCGUUCGGUGCAAGCUUCACCACCGCUGCACAAGCUCUCGCCAACACUCAGCGUUCUCACUCUUUAGCAAGCCUUUACAGAGCAGUCUUGCGGAACGAUUAUAUCCUAUGGCACCGCGGUCGACAGGCCGCUGUACACGCGUUCCAGCUGAUGAUGGAUGAGCAAAUAUGGACGACACCGGAGGCGAGCAGCGAUUCGGACUCGGACGACGCGGAGCUCGGUUGCAAACGGAAGAACAACAAGCUAUUCGAUGAACUCGGAGUAGCCGCACCACUCCCUGUCUCUAUGGAACCGGAUUGUGCCGGUGGAACCGAAACUCAGGCCGCUCUUGUACCUGAUCUGACGAAUGAACAGUUAAUUCAUCUGAUCACAUUCACAGUGGAUGCCAUGAACACAAGCAUCAGAAAUCUGUCGGAUUACUCCGGAUCAGAACCCAACGCAUGGAACCUGAUUGCUGCAGCCACCGACCCUUCCAACUUGGCACAAAUGAGUCCCGAUUGGCUUCCCUGGCUUUGACCGGUCUAUGAAGGGGGCCUACCAUUCCCUUCGGCGAGCGACUUGCAUUGGCUCUGUUUCGCGUUUGUCGUGAUAGAUCAUGCUCUUGCUGGCCUGUCGUUCAGGCAGGGAACGUGACGCAACUAAGCAGACCACCCCUACCUCACUAGUCUCGAGAGGGUCCUGCAUUUGUACCUACUUCGUGGUUUUAUACAUGCCUUUAAUACAUUUUCAUAUGA